AUGGCCAUGACCACGCCGACUGAUUCCGGCAACGGCGGUUUACACGGCGGCGGAGCACAACCGCAAGAUAUUGCAUCGGUCAGCAUCCGCCUGCCCGAGUUCUGGCCCGCCGACCCCCUGGUAUGGUUUGCUCAGGUGGAAGUACAGUUCGCCACCCAUCGCAUUACGUCUGAAGUGGCAAAGUUCAACUACGUCCUGUUGGCCUUACCGCCUCCGACCGCAAUAGAAGUCCGGGAUAUCAUCUUACAGCGCCCCAAAGAAAACCCCUAUGACAAACUCAAAAUGGCGCUCAUUAACCGAACGUCGGAGACGGAGCGACGACGCCUGCAGCAACUUCUUUCGGCGGAAUAUAUUGGUGACCGCAAGCCUACACAGCUCCUAAGGCGAAUGCAGCAGCUUCUGGAUGAUAAGGCUGGUUCGUUCGACGGAACAUUUCUCCGGGAACUCUUCCUCAAACGCCUACCCAGCAGUGUCCAGAUGAUCCUCGCCUCCGCCGAGGGUUCUUCGCUGGACGCUCUAGCGCGGAUGGCAGACAACAUCACUGACGUCGCUUCACCUACCAUUGCUGCAGUGGCUUCUCUUCCUGACCCAAUUUUAGCCAUUUCCAAGAACGUGGCGGAUCUACGCGCGGAUGUCGCACGACUCCAUCAGAUGCUGCAAGAUCUAACCACCCGCCGUGCGUGCCAGCGGUAG